AUUUGCAGAGCGUUCUGCAACAUAUGUUGUUUGAUCUCACCGCUCGGGACGGUGAUCCCGAGAUUGCUAGACUGGUCAUCCAUCGAGGUGCCGAUGUGGACGGCCUCGAUGACGAGCACCAUGCGCCGUUGCACGUCGCUGGGAUAAAAGGCCACACGAACUUUGCUCGCAUCCUCCUGGAAGAGGGCGCGAGUCCCGAGGCACGGGAUGAGCAGGGGUGGGCCACUCUUCAUGUUACAGCAGAAUGUGGCCACAUCGAGUUCAUGCAACUCCUGCUCGACCAUGGCGCAGACGUCGAUGUCCACGGCAAAGAUGGAUGGACGGCCCUUCACCUCGCAGCCCAGGCUGGGUCGCUUGAGCAAGCCCGCAUGCUCAUCGACCGUGGGGCGAACAUUGCAACCCGAGAUGAAAUCGGCUGGACGCCCCUCCACAUUGCGGCUGCAAAUGGGCACACAGAACUCGUGCGGCUCCUACACGAGAGGGGCGCCGACGUCACGGGGCGCAACGACUAUGGCUGGACGCCGCUGCACACCGCUGCACAGGAAGCGAAGGAUGCGUGUGUCCGCCUGCUCCUCGAACUA